AUGGCCCAAGCCGUUCCGUUACGCUCUGGAAACGAGGAAGGUUAUCCCAAUCAAAUCGACUCCAGUAAUAGACCAACAGCGAACUGGAAUCGAGAACUGUUCGAUACGCGCCGGCCGUACGAAAGGAAAAAUUAUGAUGUUCCGUUUCGCCCGCUACCCAACUAUCUGGCACCGUUCGGAGGACUCAACGUGAGACCCAGGAAGUGUGCGCCCCCGAGUGCUUUUUCCAGGCGUACGCCCAUUGAGGAGGUAUUUCACAAACGCAAUCCAGCAACCGCUUGCCGCAGCCGCCUCCGGGAACCACUUCCUGCUCUGGAGCGCUGCGUCGAUGAGGUAAUCGUGGCCGGUAACCUAAGUUCCGGCGAAAGCAGAUCCAACACUGGCGGGAGCGACGAAGAGAUCGACGCGACUGAAAACCGUCGUGGCUCCGUGUCGAAAGAGUGCUACAGAACAUUUUUCCGCGCCCGAAAAGCAUUGCUUCGGAGUGAGCUUUUCGAGGAGUACUUCACCCGGGCGCCGACAACGACUUCGACAGAGCACACUGAAGUGUCAGAUGUUUCCGAGGACGAGCAGGAACUGCCGACUGGAGGUGAUUUGUCAUCAGCCCGGGAAUGGAAACCAGCGGAUUCGUCUUUUGAAGGCCCGAUUGAGAGUUCCUACGAAAUGCCGACAAUAGUACACCGGGAAAACAAACCCCAGGCCAUAGAGGCGCAGGAUGCGUUCUUCAAUCGAUUGAGGAUUCACUAUUUGGAAAAGUUUGAGCGCGUGCACCGCGAACUGGAAGAAGCCGAUCGGCAGCGCCGUAAGCCACCGGAACCGUUCGACGAAGAAAAGUACCUUGCCGAGUAUCCGCCGAUUGACAUCAAGAACGAAGCGAAAGUGCGCUUCCGGCAAUCGUUGGCCCGGAGGCUAGAUGAACUGAACCAACAGCAGCAGCGUCCCGUCCGGGUGUAUCCUAAAACGGUGGAACAGUUUGCGGAAUACAAGGCCGAACUGUUGGAAAACAAACGGAAGCUGCGCGAUGAAGCCUUCCUGGUGGCGGACCACUUCCGUAAGGCAAACACUCCAAAGGAGAUACCGGAAACGAGGCUAGAGCUGCAGCGCUUUCGUGUGGCCGAUUUUGGCCCCGAUCCGGAUCGGGAGUCGGAGACUGACGGGGAUGAGGACAAGCCGGCGGCCGUCUACGCCACCUGCAUGACCCGGGCUGAGUGGGGCAACUGGAUAGCGAGAUCCGCGAAAGUGGAGCGGCUGAAGCUCCCGAAAGUCAAACUGUCCUCCGGUCGUGCGGUCGUGCUGGAGAAGUGCCUUGAAAGCCCAAUCCGUGCGUACAUCGAGGGACGAGUCGAAAAAACGGACGUCACGAUGACGUCGGGGAACCAACCGCGGCGACGCGCAAAGGGAAGUCUUCGGCCGAAAAAGAUUAUCCCCUCGACCGGGACGACAAUGCGUGACCUGCUGUUUGACCCGAUGAUGCCUGAUGAACCCGAAACCACCGCUUACAUUCCGUACACGGCAAACCUUCGCCCAUAUUCGGACAUCAUCGAGGAACGGUUCCGUGCCGACGAAGGGCGCCAGCAGAGACGGCGUCGGUUGCGCAAAAGCCGGAUGCGAUGGAUCGAGGAACUGGUGGACGAAAUCUGCCGACGGAGAAGAUGCUGA